GUCAAUUGUGAAUUUUUUUUUGGUUGAAAACCUAAAUUUGAGUUGCGGACAAGGACAUCUUGUGAAAUAGUGCGUGGGGAUGGUUAGGUGGUGUGAUGAGAGACUGUGAGAGACAGUAAAGGUUAGAGAGUAAACAUUAGACAGUAGGGUGGUUAAGCGAAUUGGGUUGUCAUAAGUAGGAAGAUAUUAAUUGGCAAUGGAAUGUAAUAAGGGUGAGGCGGAAAGGGCUAAAGAGAUUGCAGAGAAGAAGUUUGGCGAAAAAGAGCUUAUGGGUGCUCAAAAGUUUGCUCUCAAGGCACACCACAUGUACCCCGAGUUGGAUGGGCUGGCCCAGAUGAUGGCUGCUUUGGAGGUCCACAUUGCUGCGGAGAAUACAGUCAAUGGGGACAUGGAUUGGUAUGGGAUACUUGAUGUUAAUCAAUUUGAUGAUGAAGCCACUCUGAGAAAGCAGUACAGAAGAUUGGCUUUGCUCCUCCAUCCGGAUAAGAAUAAAUCUGUUGGGGCAGAUGGUGCUUUCAAGCUUUUGCAUGAGGCGUGGAGCGUACUCUCAGACAGAGUGAAGAGACUUUCCUAUGAUAAGAAAAGAAAAGGGUUUCAGCAGAGGUUUUGGCAACCACAGAAAGCAGCGUCUGAUGGUAAUGCUUCGAGCUUUAACAACAAUGGGUUUUACAAUUUCAAUGCUUUCACUCGUUGCCCUACACAAACGACUGCUUCCACACACUUUCCUCCUUCUCCUAUGCCUUGGUCAACUCCACCUGCCACAUUUAGGACUGCCUGUCCUUCUUGCAAGAUGCAAUUUGAGUAUAAACGAAUGUAUGAAAACAAGAAUCUGUGGUGCCCAAAUUGCAUGAAGGUUUUUUGUUCGGCCACAUUUUGGACUGCCUGUCCUUGUUGCAAGAUGCAACAUGAGAAUCACCGAGUGUAUGAGAAUCAGAAUCUGGUGUGCUCAAAUUGCAACAAGACUUUUUGUGCUGUAGAGACAACAGUAAACAACAUGAGGGAAUCCACUUCUUCUGGCUUCCAGUGGUCUUUUAGCCAAGAGCAGCAAGAUUAUCCAAACCACUCUGCUUAUAAUAUAUGGUGGGGUUGUUAAUGCUAAAACGCAUGUCACUGUAUAAUUUGACCCCCCAUUGAAGCAUCACUUCUCUUUUCUAAAAUUGAUCUUUCAAGGCAACUCGCUAAGUGGGUAACGUUGUUAACAAAAUUUGAUCUUAUGUUUGUCUCCUAGAAGACAAUUAACGCUCAAGCAGUGAACUUAUCACUUAGCCAAAUGCUCUUCCAAAUAAAUACUCAUUCCCCGAUGACCAUGUCCUUCCCUUGGACCUUGAUCAGAAGUGGGAUUUGUUCUUUCAUGAUUCCAGAUGUCAAAUUGGUAGUGCUAUAUUGGAAAUUAUAAUCUUAUGUUUUAUUAUUUCUUUUUUUCACAGCAGCAAAAA